GAACAACAACAACAAAAGCAAAGAAAUGUCAAAAUAAUAUUUAUGAAAUUUUUGGUGUUACGGGAAUUUUUGCUAAUUCCUGAGUUCUACAACCAUGGCUGAAACUGAAGGGUCAGAUGAUACUUCUGAGAAUGAGCUCCUUAACAGAAGUUUGUCUGUAUGGAAAGGAAACAAGACAUCAAAGGAAGAAUUUGAGCCAAUACCUCUAGAUUUACAUACAGCAUCAAGUCUGGGUCUAUAUGAUUGUGUGAAGGCACAUAUUGUCAGAGGAGAGGUUGACAUCGACCACAUUAACAAAGGUGGCUGGACUGCCUUGAUGUAUGCCUGCUAUAUUGGUCAUGAAACUAUAGUCAGUCUCCUAUUAGAAGAAGGGGCGUGUGUAAAUCUUCGUAACCAGAAAAAAGAGACAUCAUUGAUGUUAGCAGCUAGCUGUGGUAAUGAUAGAGUGGGACGUCUACUAUGUAGUCAAGGAGGUGAACUAGAGUCUCGUGAUGCUCGUGGUUGGACAGCAUUAUUUCAUGCUACAUACUCAGGACAUCAGAACAUGGUCAGUUUUCUGCUGAAACAAGGAGCAAACAUGAACUCUGUAGAACCCAGUAUGGGAAUGACACCAUUUAUGGAGGCAGCUGCUGAGGGUCAUGAGAUUAUCUUACAGCUGUUCCUACAACAUGGUGUAAAUGUAAAUGCUAAAGCUUACAAUGGUGAUACAGCAAGAUCUCUGGCUUUAAUCAAUGGAAACAUGAAGAUAGUUAGUCUUAUAGAUAAUCAUGUGAUGCCAAUUACAUCUCUGCGGGCAGAGGCAGGGUUAGAACCAGAUCUGAGUUCAUCUGAUGACACUUUCUCUCGUCGCAACAAGAACAGAGGUAGAGGCAAGGGUUUAGGUGGAGGCCCUAGUAUAAUGGAUGGACCUCAAGCUAUAGCUCGCUUAAUAAACAGAACUAGAGACCCACCUCAACAAAAAAAUCCUGGUAAAUUUUUUAUUUUACCUAAAGGAUAUGUAACAUUCCCAGAAGAUGGGACUAAAGAUCAACCUCAGAAACUCUCCUAUAGAGAUGUAACAUCACCUAUCAACCAGGAUGAUUAUAAACUGGAUAGUUCUGGUAGCAGAGACUAUAAUGAACCAGAAGAUGACAGCAAUGCUUUCUCUAAGACUGGUGCCCUCACAAUAAAAAGUAGUUCAGGAUCUAGUGGAGGCCUGGCUGCUGCAUUUGGUAUCCGGCGUGAGGAUAGCUUAGACAGUGAUGAAUUCCCUCAUGAGUCAUCAUGUGGAGACUCACAUCACCAUGGUAACAGCGGAGAUAGUUCUUCUGACGAGGGACUUGAGGAGAAUCAGGGUACCAAUCAAAUUUCACAGACUCUGAAAAAAUCUGAUGUCAGUGGGAAUGCAGAGAAAGGACCAGAUGAUCCUGAGACUAAUCCUAAUUUAGAUAGAAAAGGAGAAAUGGAGAAAAGAAAAUUACAAAGUCAAAAAUCAAAAGAAUUAAGACUGACAACUGAGAAAGUGAAUGAGAUAGAAGUAAUGAAAAAUUCUGUCUCAGAAUGGAUAGACAGUGUUCAUAAUUCAAAUUCUCUCCCAGAAACCAUUGUUGAAAUUCCUAAAUCAGAUAAUCAGGCAACGGAAGACAAUGAAAAGGAGGCUGCAAUCAAACCAGAGUACCUUCCUAAUAAACAUAAACAUGCUAAAUCACCACAACAUGAACAUAUUUCAUAUUCCAACCCAGAAAACACUGGUGAUGUGUGCGAAUCUGAAGAGGGUUCUAGUGAGAAUCACAAUCCAGGCAAAGGUCAUGAUCCAAAUCUUGUCCACCAACCUGGUCAAGGUUACAAUUCUAAUGAAGGUCAUACUCAACAUGAAAGUCACACAAAUGUCCAAGGUCAUAGCCUAAGUAAAGAUCAUGGUCACAAUCCUGGUAAAGUUAAUGGUUCUUGUCAAAAUUCUAAUACAGAUCAAGCUCAAAAUGCUGGUCCAGUUCAAAAUGUUGGUCUGGACCAUGAAUCAUUUCAUGGUCAACAUUUAGGACUAGGUCACAACCCAAGUCAAGGACACAACCCUGGUCAUGGUUACAAACCAGGUCUAGGUCACGCUGAAGGCUAUAAUCCUGGACAUGGGAAAAAAUCUGAUACUCAUAUGCAAUAUCCAGUAUCUGUAGAGCAGAAAACCAGCCGUCAUGAACCAAAGCAUUUCUCUGGAGCUGAAUUAAUUGAACAAGUAGCAAAUAAUCUGAAGAACUAUGACCCUAGGCCAGCUCAAGAGUUCCUUCAACAAAGUCCAGCUAUUGCAGAUUCAGCAAUUAUUUCAGUGGCAGACCAUAGUAUUCCACCUGUUUCUGCUCUGAAUAUUUUAAAUACUGGACCUGAUGGGUAUAAAUCUUCUAGUUCCCACAGCACACCAAGUAGUCACCAUGGCAAUCAGGGUACUAGAGUUUCUGCACCUCCAGGCUUUGCCCCUGCUGUGAAUCCUUAUCCAAUAAACCCAUACCAAGGCCCUCCAAAUGUAUCGCUGUAUCCCCAUGUAGCCUCUCAGUUACCUCCCACAGGAAUAGUCCCACAGGGGCUUGUGGAAAAACAAGAAUCAAUACCCUCAUCUAAUGCUGCCUUUAUAGAAAAAAUGAAAGACUCAGUUCCCCUUGAUUUACCUACCCUGCUUGAUCAACUUGGCUUGUCAAAGUAUUUACCGACGUUUGAUGAACAAGAUGUUGACCUCCAAGUAUUUCUUUCACUCACAGAUAAUGAUCUGAAAGAAAUAGGAAUCAAAUUGUUUGGUCCAAGAAAGAAGAUGAUGAAUGCUAUAGCAAGGUGGCACAGUAAAGCUAAGAUAUCUGUUGGGGAGCUAGAACAGGUGUAUGCUGACCGCCUUGAGGGUGAAAUGCAGGAAAUGGGUCUGCAGUUGCAGCUGGCAUUGGAACAACUGGAAAGCCUCAAGGCUCAGGUCAAACAAGAACAGCAACUUCGUAAUGUGACUGAGUCAUGUUUAAUGGAGGAGAGAGGGGCGUGGCAACAUGUACAACGUAUAAUCAUGGAGACUAGGCAGCAAUGUGAGGACUUCAAAGAUGUGGUCAGAAAAAUGAUACAAUAUGUCGGUGAGUUGAAGUCACGAGUGCCGCUGGACAGCAUUCAAGGUCAAGUGAAGCGACCAAUCAGAGGAGCUGGUGCAAUAAAAGAUGAGAGGGGUGUGAUUCAGCAAGAACACAUGCCCACUGAGGCUGUUAUACGCAAGGUUGACUACUACUUACAGGAAGUUACGCAUUUAUUAGGCAAUGUAACAAACAAUACAGAUCGUCUGCUGGGACGUAGUCAAACAGAAUCACCAGAGAGACCAUAUCCCUGAUAUUUAUCUAACAUAUCAUAUCAUAUUAUUAAUGUUUUUAUAUGAAGAAUACCUGGCAUUUAACAAAACCAUGACUACUUAAAAAGGGCAUAUUGUGAAAUGGUAAGUUUCAUUGUAAUAUUGAACAAUAAACUAAAAGCAGCACAUAAUAAUUUUAAAUGGCAAAGUAGUUUAUAUAUUUUUUCAGACUUAUUUGCAAUUUUAACAUUCACUCAUUGCGUGUAACCUUUAAACACUUUCUUUAUGAUGGAAUGAGAUGUUUUUUAAGAAUAUUAUUAAAUGUGAAAGAAAAGAUAUAAUAUACUUAUACUGAUCUUUGAAUCAGUCAGUUGACUGGUUGGUCAUGGAUCAUUUUUCAUUUAAUAUGUAUGAGAUUUUGAUGAGACUUCAUACAGUGGUAAAUGAUUAAGAGAAGCAGAGCAGUGAAAUUAUGUUAUUGUUCUGACAUUUUAAAUUGUUGAAACAAAAAAGCAAUGAAAAGAAGGAAGUUCAUGUAUAUAUGUAUUAUUCUCUCUUUCCCACUUUACAAAUCUUUGAAUGUAUGAUAAGAGAUCAGACAGAUCUAAUAUAUGAGCAGCGUCACGACAAAACCAACA